CAUAUGGAGGUCCGUCUGCCAAGGUUAUCUCGGGUGGCCGUCUGCGGCGGUACCCAUGGCAACGAGCUCUCAGGGGUCUUCCUAGUGAGGGAACUGUUGAAGACAGGUGGCGAGGCGGGAGCGGGGACAUCAGUGCAGGCUGUCUUGUCCAACCCGCGUGCUACCCAGCUGUGCUGCCGAUACAUUGACACGGACCUCAACCGAUGCUUCACCCGCGCCACCCUCGACGUCCCAGCGUUUGACACGGAGUCAUACGAGGUGACCCGCGCCCGGGAACUGGACGCCCAGCUGGGCCCCAAAGGGAGUCCGCAUGCUUACGAUCUCAUCUGCGACCUUCACAACAGCACCUCUAACAUGGGCCUGUGCGUCAUCGGUUUCUCCGACUGUGACUGGAUCUGCUUACAUGUUUUCCGAUACCUUCAGCGGCAGAUGUCAGAUAUACCAGUGAGGUACAUACAUUUUGACCUCCCUGACAAGGACUCGUUUUCUCUCGAUUCCGUGGGAAAACAUGGCUUUGCUUUAGAGAUCGGUCCCCAGCCUCAUGGUGUGGUGAGGUCCAAUAUCUACACUAGCAUGAAAGAUGGUGUGCGUCACGUAUUGGACUGGGUGCGUCUCUUCAACUCAGGCAGCGUUUUCGAGGGCGGGCCCGUAGACGUCUUCACCGCGGUUGGACACCUUGACUAUCCGAGAGACUGUGAAACGCGACAAAUCACGGCGGCAAUCCAUCCUCGACUUCAGGACCAAGACUUUUGCCUUCUGCAUCCCAACGAAUCCGUAUUCCAGACCUUUUCCGGCCAGGUGUUACCCUAUGAAGGCAGCGAACCUCUUUACCCGUUUUUCAUCAACGAGGGCGCCUAUUACGAGAAGGGCGUGGCGCUUUACCUAGCCAGGAAGAGAUCGGUCACCCUCCCCAAACUUCGGGUAUGCAAAGACGGCCGUGCAGGUGACUUGAUGUCGGAAGAAAAGGAGGAAUGA